GCAGUGAAUGUCAUGAAAUCGAAACACAAGUCAGCAUCAACAAAACACAACUCUUAUCCGACCAGAAAGAAGGCAACAUGCAAAUAUUGUGGAUACGAAUACCCACAUCAAUCAGGAAAAUGUCCGGCGGACGGAAAGACGUGCACAUACUGCAAAAAGAAAGGUCAUUUUGAAAAAGUGUGCAGGUCCAAGCAGAGAAAUCGUAGGAAAAAUGUAAACAGAAUGGAUGAUGAAAGCUCUCAAAGCGAAACUGAAAGUGAAACUAGAAGCGAAAGUGAAAAUGAAAAUAGCAUAUUUGGAUUAUCAGUGAAUUCGUUGCAGUCAUCAAGACCUAAUUUGACCAUCCAAAUAAACGGUCAGUCUGUCAAGGCAUUGAUAGACACAGGGUCGUCUAUAAAUGUAAUUGAUGAAAGGACAUACAGCAAGCUAAAAAACAAAGUGACUCUCAGUAAGGUAGACACGAAAGUAUAUGCUUAUGGUGCUAAUAAAGUAGACUUAUUAGGAAAGUUCCAGGCGACAAUUGAAACCAAACACAAGAUCACAACAGCUCCAGUAUAUGUGGCAAAAGGUAAAAGUGGCAACUUGUUAUCUUAUUUGACAUCUGUUGAUCUCCAGGUUAUUCCUGAAAUAAGUGUCAUAACACAGAAUAAGGUCGAUGAACUUUGCGAUAAAUAUGGAUCUGUCUUCAAGGGUAUUGGAAAAAUGAAAGACACUGAAGUAAAGUUGUAUGUUGACAAAAAUGUGCAACCUGUCACUCAGCCGCACAGACGCAUACCUUUUCACCUGAGAAAACAAGUUGAAGAUGAGCUCCAAAGGCUUGAAAAGUUAGACAUCAUUGAGAAAGUAGAUGGUCCGACAGAUUGGCUAUCACCGAUAGUGGUGGCUCCGAAGCCCAAAAGCAAAACAAACCAAAUAAGGAUUUGUGUUGACAUGAGAUUGCCUAAUCAAGCAAUAAAACGCACAAGACAUAUAAUUCCUACUAUUGAUGAUAUGAUCGUGGACUUAAGCGGUGCUAAAGUGUUCUCUAAAUUAGACUUGAAUCAGGGAUAUCACCAGCUGGAACUAUCAGAACAAUCACGAAACAUUACGACAUUCACCACACAUAUUGGACUGAGAAGAUACAAACGCCUUAGCUUUGGAAUAAAUAGCGCUGCGGAAAUUUUUCAAAACGCUUUAAGUACGACUCUAGAGGGAUUAGAUGGUGUGAAAAAUAUUUCGGAUGACAUAAUCGUAUAUGCUAGAAACCAAACAGAGCAUGACAGAAGGCUUGAAGCAGUCUUAAAGCGACUACAACAAAUGAACAUUACGCUAAUAAAAAGAAAUGUGAAUUCAACCAGAACAAAUUAG